CCAUACAUGUCGCUCCUUCUCUUCUCAAAAUUGGAAUGCCCCUCUUCUCAAAAUUGACGAAAUCUCUAGAGCCAGGUGCUGCUCUUUCUCCAAGGCAAAGAUGCGAAGCAGAACCACCGAAGUUUUGGAAGAUGGACCACCUCGCUAAGAAAGAUGCAAUUAUGAUGCAAAUGCUUGAAGAGAUAAUGAGGAAUUAUCUGGCGGCCCGAUUGUGCGUUAUACAAUUGAUUCUUAACCAUCUAGGUGUGAGCAAGAACAAAAGACGAACUCAAUUGGUGUUCCCAUAUAGUAUGGUUAGUAGGGUACCCUUGCAAGUUAGCCACAUAAACAGAUUGGUUGGUGUCACUGACACUGAUUGUCUAGUGAAUCUGAGAAUGGAUCGAAAUGCAUUUGGCCGGUUGUGCGCUUUAUUCCUCCAGCUUGGUUCUCUCCACGACAAGCGUAGCAUUUACAUAGAAGAGCAAGUGGCCAUUUUCCUUGGUGUUUUAGCCCACCAUUAAAAAAAAUUAAAUAGUUAGAUUCGACUUCUGUCGUUCAAGGCAAACAGUCUCGUGGUGUGUUAAUGAUGUUCUCGGGGCUAUCUUGAAAAUGCACUCUCUUUUCCUUGUCAAACCCGAACUAGUUUCUGAGGAUUGUCUUGAUUGGAGGUGGAAAAGUUUUAAGGUACUGUUUGUGUAGAUGUAACAUUGUGUUUACCUUUAUACUUUUGACAACUUUGUCUGAAGCUUUGAUUAACAAAUUCAUUUCACACGCUAACAUCUUCUGUAGCACCCCGGAAAAUUUUUGAUUUUUUUUUAUUUGAUGGCUUAUUUUCAUUUUAUUAAUGAGGAUGUUGAUUUGGAAAUGCAUUUUUGGAAA